AUGGAGGGAACCGUCCACGUCCUAGAUGACUACUACCUCGCCAUCACCCUCCUCAUCACCGUCGCCUACCAGCUCAUCUUCUUCGCCGUGGCUUUCACCUUCAAAUUCGACAAGCUGACCGACUUUGCGGGCGGCACCAACUUCGUCGUCCUGGCUAUCAUCACCCUGAGCCUCUCCGCCUCGCACCCCACCGCCCGCCAGAUCGUCGCCUCCAUCUUCAUCAUGCUAUGGGGUGCCCGCCUCUCAGGCUUCCUCCUCUUCCGCAUCCUCAAGACCGGCAAAGAUGACCGCUUCGACGACAAGCGCGACCGCUUCUUCCCUUUUCUCGGCUUCUGGGUCUUCCAGAUGCUCUGGGUCUGGAUCGUCUCCCUGCCUGUCACCGUGCUCAACUCGCCCGCCGUGACGCAGUAUCCCUUUGUCGCUUUCGGCACGGGCCGUGACAUUGCAGGCGUGGUGCUGUUCGUGCUGGGUUUCGUCGCAGAGAGUGUCAGCGACGUGGAAAAGUUCAUCUUUCGCCAGAGCCAGCCCAAGAGUGCUGUGUGCGACAAGGGGUUGUGGGGCUGGUCGAGGCACCCCAACUACUUUGGCGAGAUUAUCAUCCAGUUUGCCAUCUAUAUGAUAGCAGUCUCCUCCGCAGCCGAUGGCCACGUCCAAGGCCAAGCCUACAAAGCCCUCUACGCCACCAUCGUAGGCCCCAUCUUCCUCACCGCCCUCUUGAUGUUCCUCUCGGGCCUCCCGCUCUCCGAGCGCCCAGGGGCCAAGAAGCGCUAUGAGAAGGGCGACAACUGGGACGGGUACAGACGGUAUCUGGACCGCACGAGUAUCCUGAUUCCAUUCCCGCCGUGGCUGUACGAGAAGGUGCCUACGGUGUUGAGGCGGACAGUUUUUCUUGAGUUUCCAAUGUAUGUGUUUGAUCCGGCGAAGCAUUCGAAUGCAGGAGGGCCGGGCGGGGAGGAGCAGAGGAGGGCCGAGGAAGGGGGUGGGAGCAUAAAUCGGGAGAGGCUGACGGGGUAA